AUGGCGGCGUCCAGGGCAAGAUGUGGACUAUCCUUAUGCUCAAGAUUAGCAAGRACACGAUGKACCACAAGUGUUAAAGGCUUAUUAUUAGAUACUAAUAGACUAGGGAAACCAUUAUCUUCAAUAAGUACGAACGAUUUGGYAUCUACCGCAUCAAGAAAGCUUAGAUCUUUUCAAUUUAGCACGUCAAGUGUCGUUUCUGUUAUUGAUAAUCUGAAUUCGGUGAUCCCUGAAGACCCUGGAAGUCGACCGACCAGUACUGGUGGAGGGGUUUCUGUAGCUGAGAGUGAGGACGAUGAUGAUCCCUUUAUGCGAGAACAAAUCAGAAGGCACAACAGRCAUCGCAGAUGGCUGGCAACAAUAAUGGGAGAAMAUCCUGAAACUUUUACUGAUAAAGAUGUACAGGAAGCAAUUGAGUACCUUUUGCCAUCAAGCUUGUAUGCAAAAGAUGCCAGGCCAAUGCUAAUGCAUCCUUAUGAGGCGUACAAAAACAGAGCAGGUAAUAUGUUUGAUAUCAAUGGACGACCUUUGGCUGCUGCCUUCUAUACUGGUAGAGUUGGAUACCACAAUUUGAUUUUUGAAAUUUACAAUCAAUUUGAGCGAUUAGAACUGCUCAAUACAACUGAUGGUUAUUCCAAACUAACUGGAAAUUCAACACAACCGCAAAAUAWAAUAAAUGAUGAUCAAGAGAAACAAACUGAGCGACCAAUGAGAUGGAUAAAAAAGAGUGAAUUGGAAAAUAGACUGGAAGGAAGUGUAGAAGAUAAAGAGUAUGAAGUUGUUCUUCAUCGCCUUAAAAAGCUUGCAGCUCAACCCAAUGCUCAUCUUGURUGGGACUUUUUACAAAAGUUUGUCUUCCCUGUUUCAACUCCUGGCAUUAAGCAAGUUGCAUUACAGCUUGAUGAAGAUGGAAGAGCACAUGGAACAGGCCAUCGUAAAAGAGCCAUAGCUGAAGUAUGGGUGAAGAAAGGUUCUGGUGAAAUAACAAUAAAUGGUCAACCGUUAGUCAAGUACUUUGCAAGAAUAGAAGACAGACAACAGAUAUUAUUCCCAUKUCAUGUUGUGGAAGGUGUUGGACAAUAUGAUGCUGAGUGUAACGUCAUUGGUGGAGGACCUUCGGGUCAAGCUGGAGCCAUAAGAUUGGCCAUAAGUAGAGCUCUGUUGAACUUUUCUGUUAAUUUUCAAAGCCCAUUACUUGAAGCGGGUCUUUUGAUAAGAGAUCCAAGAAUAGUUGAAAGAAAGAAGCCUGGACAGAAAAAAGCAAGAAAGAAGUUUGCAUGGGUAAAACGAUGAGAGAUUUGCAAAGAAUUUUGUAUAAAGUACUUACUUUUUUAUGUUACUUCUGAAACUCAUUCAAAAAGYCCUAGCCAACCUUGUCUGUGGCCUGCAGUUUUAGAGGCAGCAAGAAUUCCUAAAACCAUACAUGUAGGCCGCUGGCAGCACUGGUGGUAGAAGUCAGUGAUUUGUAAAAUUAAUAUUACUUUGUCUAAUCAGAGGCAUUAAAGUUCAGGAUGUUACAGCUGUAA